AUGGACGAGAAGCAUAUCGAAUCGGUGGGGCCAGAGUCAACGUCGAGGGGUGAUAUCGAGACGGCGAGAGCACCAGCCGCGCUCAAGUUACACCCACAGCCGACCUCUGAUUCUCUCGACCCGUUGAACUGGUCUAAACUACAGAAGCAUACAAUCCUCGCCAUAGUUAUGUUCAAGUACUUUUUAUUCACUUAUGUCACAACAACAACCGUUCCCUCCUUCGCUGAGAUCCAGGAGCAAUUCAACAUUUCCUACUCGCAAGUCAACUGGACUGUUGCCGUUCCCGCCCUUGGUCUUGCGGUCGGACCCCUCAUCUGGUCCUCUUUGAGCGAUAUCUACGGACGAAGGAUAAUCUUCAUCAUUGGCACAAUUAUCGCUUUGGUCGCGACCUGCGGUGCCGCUGCUGCUCCGACAUAUGGCGAGUACAUGGCGGCCCGAUUCUUCCAAGGCCUCGGUGUCAGUCCGGCUGCUACAGUCGGCAUGGCAGUCGUUGGUGAUCUGUUCUUCGAGCAUGAGCGUGGCCAGAAGCUCGGCCUUUGGGUACUCGCCCUAGAUACUGGUCUUCUUGUCGGCCCCAUCUUUGGCGGUUUCCUCAACCUUGUUAGCGCUUCCUGGAUCAACUGGUUUAAUGCGCUCCUUUUCGCCGCGCUCCUCCUCCUGGAGCUCUUCUUCAUGCCCGAAACCCUCUAUCCCCGCAACUUAAUGUUGUCGCAACUCCCUCCCGUCCUUGAGUCCCCUGACGUGACCGACAGUGAAAAGCACGAGUCAACGCCCCAGAGGGCGGACAGGGAGGUUGACCUCCGACGCACGAAAACUCUUCCUUUUCUCAAUUUUACACCUAUUCCCGGCCUCAAACACCCUAAACCUUGGGAUACUCCCAUUCGAUUUCUGCUUACUUUCAAACAGCCAGUUGUCGUCCUCGCAGUGGUUGGCUACUCGUUCAUUUGGUACUGGUGGAUACUUUCGGUGAUUACCAUGAUUGGCGCCGCGUACAUCGACUACACCCCGCUCAUCCAAGGGCUUCUAUUCAUUGGAUUGCUCCUCGGAACAGUAUUCUCGGAGGUCUUCUGCUCCGGAACGUUGAGCGAUUGGAUUGUCGCUCGACUCGCUAAGAAGAACGGCGGUGUUCGCGUGGCGGAGAUGAGGCUGUGGCUUGCGUAUCCUGCCAUCCUUCUCACAGCGAUUGGAUUGAUUGUUUGGGGCAUUAGCGUAGAUAAAGGCUACCAUUGGAUGGUGGGCCAGGUUGCCUUUUUCCUGUUCGCCGCUGGUGUCCAGAUGGGAAACACAGUCACGAGUAGCUACAUUGUAGACAGCUACCCUCUUCAAUCCAUGAGUGUCAUUACUUUCUACGCUGUUUUUCUCAACCUCAGCGCCUUCAUUAAUCCUUUCUUCAUCGCUGUCUGGCAAGAAUCUUCUGGCUGGACCUGGACUUUUGCCGCUCAGGGAAUUAUUGUUUUCUUCGCCGGCAUACCUUUAUUUGCGCUCCUUCACAAAUUUGGAGGCAAAAUUCGUCAGAAGACUUCACAGCCCACUUGGGUUAAUCCAGAGUUUGAUAUUUCUAUUUGA